CAGUCCUUUUUCUAUGAACAGUUGGACAAAAUUAUGAUCUGGACAAAGUAUCCUUUUAAUAAUCAUGUUGAAUUGGUCGGAGUAGUUGGUUGAGGCGUUGUUGGGGGUUGAGCUACACAAACUAAUUACAUAUUAAUACUCACUACUACAAAAUGCCUUACCUUCUUCUUCUUUUCCAUUUCAAAAGACCCUCUCCACCAUUAGCAGCAAGCUAGCGACGCACCAAACAACCACCAGCAGCAGCCCAACGACCCUCUCAACUCCCCUUCGCCCAAACCACCACCACCAGCCCGACGAGUCGGCGAUCCAACCACGAUAGUGCCUCCUCGACUUCAUUGGUGCUGUUGUUGAUGUUAGAUUUGGUGAAGGAUUGCCUCCGAUCUUGACUGCUCUUGACGUUCAGGGCUUCUCGAUCCGUUUGGUGCUUGAGUUGCUCAACACUUGGAUCAUAAUCUAAAGAUUUCUGGGACAGCAAAAUUGCAACCCCCAAUCAAUUAACCUAGAAAUCCUUAGUCUCUACUUUGUUGCCUGUACCGUAUCUUUCAUAUCAGGUGAUAGAUAAUAAGAAUCGGCUGCAUACACUUAGUAACACUGAGUUGAGCAACUUGGGAAUUAUGAUGAAUAAAAUUUAGGUUUGCUUCAACAGUCAAAGUGAUUCAGGAACUAAUUCCAGCCCCAAAACCAAGCUCCAACGACCCAAGAAGAAAAGAGCUUGAAGAGUUGGAGAAUCAAAAAAGCGAGAUUGACGACGAGAGGGCCGAGUCCCUAGUUCGAAAGGAGUUGUGGUGCGUUUUAUAAGUACUUCCCCAUCCUAAUCCUCCAACAUUGCAUCUGCCUGCGAAUCAUCUCAACAUCCAUGGCGGGGUUUCCCUCUCUCCUCAGGCGCGUGUAUCUCACUCUCUACAACUGGACUGUCUUCGCAGGAUGGUUACAAGUACUCUAUUUUGCUGUAAUAACGCUCAAAGAUUCCGGCCACCAAAAUGUCUACAAUGCCGUACAACGCCCUCUUCAGCUCGCUCAAUCUGCCGCUGUUUUGGAGAUUCUUCAUGGACUAGUAGGCCUUGUGAGAUCUCCAAUUACGGCAACCCUGCCCCAGAUAAGUUCAAGAUUGUUUCUAACUUGGGGAAUCUUAUGGAGUUUUCCUGAGAUUCAAAGUCAUGUACUUGUGAGCUCUUUGGUCAUCAGCUGGUCUAUUACAGAGAUUAUACGAUAUUCUUUCUUUGGCAUGAAGGAGGCACUUGGUUUCGCACCUUCAUGGCUCUUGUGGCUCAGGUAUAGCACCUUCACAGUGUUGUAUCCAUGUGGUAUCACAAGUGAAGUUGGUCUAGUUUAUGCUGCCCUGCCAUACAUUAAGAAAUCCGAGUUGUACUGUUUAAGGAUGCCAAACAAGUGGAACUUCUCCUUUGAUUAUUUCUAUGCCUCCAUUCUUGUCUUAGCUAUCUAUGUCCCAGGUAGUCCCCACCUGUAUGGUUAUAUGCUUGGGCAGAGGAAGAAAGCACUGUCAAAGUCCAAGAGGGAGUAGCAUAUUUAUAAUGUUUUUCAUAUUUGAUUAGGACAAUUAGAACACUCUUAGCCUUUUAUCUUCUAUUAGCCUAGCGGAUGUUUUUUCAGAAUACAUCAUAUCCAAUAUCUCUGUCUUUCGGAUUUGAUAGAAUGUUGUUUUAAUAGAAUAAAAAAAUAUUAUCAUUUCA